AUGACUGGCUGGCCUCAAACCUGGGUCCUUGAAUCUCAAACAUCUCAAGACUCUUGUGCCAAUGAACCCGCAUGCCGAGCCUCUUCCACGCCGCACCACCGACGGAGCCACCGUGGGGAACAGCAACAAGUGACGAGCUCCGCUGGGUCAACUGGCGUUACAUGCGCUCCACCUAUGAUCGAUCCAGCAACUCGGGAACCGUUUUCUUGUCGGUCUGUGACAUCCCUGAAACGUCAAGAAUCUCAGCGUCAAAAUCGAGUAUCCAGAGAUGAGGAGGCACUGUAUUUGUCUUCAUUACUAUCCCAGUAUAGCUUAGAGUCUUGCUUCACCUGUGUCAAGAAUGGGUGGGAACCAGGUCUUCAUUUGCAGGAUUUCCGUUCGGGAUCUCAACUGGAAACUGAGCAAUGCUAUAUAAGAACCAGUGUUGUCCAUAACUGGUUUCCAUAA